GGAGUGUUGAUAUUUUCCAGUCAGUCCGGCUGUCUGCGGCCAGGUUGGAAGCCUGGCAGGGAGUCGUUUUCAAAUUGUCGCGCCUGGGGCCGGCCGCACUGUGCUGUCAUAGUACCCCCGCCUGUGAGUCAGAGCCUCAGGGAAAGAAGAGCGCGACAGGACGGUCGAGAGAAGAAAGGCAAGGAACAAGAGUGCAGACUUUGACUGAAAUCUGAGACGGAGGGCACGGGAGGGCGAUCGCUACCUUCUGAUUGGCCCGUGGGCAUCAUCGUAGACCCACGCAACUGCCUCGAUUGGUUGGUGUCUGCAAUUGUUUUGGCGGCGGCGAAGAUUUUGCCCACGUACUUCCGAACGAGAGGCGGGACUGUGCCCUGGCGCGCGUGCGCAGCGCCCCGGGGCCCCACCCGGUAGUUCAAGAACCUGCGAGGGGGCGGGGCAAAGAGGUGCUUGUUUUGGUUCUGUUUCCCUUGAAGCGGCAGGCCGGAACGAGCGAGCAUAGCAGUAAACUUGUUGGACUUGGAGAAAAGGCCACGACAAACUCGCCGCGGUGCCAUCAUCUAGGACUUCACAUCCGGGUUCUCCUGCCCCGUGACCUGCGCGCCACCGACGGUUCUCGAACCGGUGCCUCAAUCUCUUUAUCCGGGUCCCGCCGAUCCCGUCGUGCUUCGCGCACCACAGUAGCCCCCUCAUCCGGGUUCUAUCCCAGCGUGCCUCGCGCCGGGUUUGCUGGGGGGUACUUGGCGGUGCCGCCAUGACUAUUCUCCCCAAAAAGAAGCCGCCGCCUCCCGACGCCGACCCCGCCAACGAACCGCCGCCGCCCGGGCCGCUGCCCCCGGCGCCGCGUCGCGGCGGGGGUGUGGGCGUGGGCGGCGGCGGCACGGGUGUGGGCGGUGGCGACCGCGACCGUGACUCGGGAGUCGUGGGGCCCCGUUCCCGGGCCUCACCACCGCCUCAGGGCCCGCUACCGGGGCCGCCGGGAGCGCUUCACCGCUGGGCGCUGGCCGUGCCGCCUGGCGCCGUGGCGGGUCCGCGACCACAGCAGGCCUCUCCUCCUCCUUGCGGGGGCCCUGUCGGUCCCGGCGGCGGUCCCGGCGACGCGCUGGGCUCAGCGGCGGCGGGUGUGGGCGCGGCGGGCGUGGUGGUGGGCGUGGGCGGAACCGUAGGCGUGGGAGGUUGCUGCUCCGGGCCGGGCCACAGCAAGCGGCGACGUCAAGCCCCCGGGGUCGGAGCGGUUGGCGGGGGCAGUCCGGAGCGUGAGGAGGUCGGCGCGGGUUACAACAGUGAGGACGAAUACGAAGCGGCUGCAGCUCGCAUCGAGGCUAUGGACCCCGCAACCGUUGAGCAGCAGGAGCACUGGUUUGAAAAGGCCCUGAGGGACAAGAAGGGCUUCAUCAUCAAGCAGAUGAAGGAGGACGGCGCCUGUCUCUUCCGGGCUGUAGCUGACCAGGUAUAUGGAGACCAGGACAUGCAUGAGGUUGUACGAAAGCAUUGCAUGGACUACCUGAUGAAGAAUGCGGACUACUUCUCCAACUAUGUCACAGAGGACUUCACCACCUACAUCAACAGGAAGCGGAAAAACAACUGCCAUGGCAACCACAUUGAGAUGCAGGCCAUGGCAGAGAUGUACAACCGGCCCGUGGAGGUGUACCAGUACAGCACAGAACCCAUCAACACAUUCCAUGGGAUCCAUCAAAAUGAGGAUGAACCCAUCCGCGUCAGCUACCAUCGGAAUAUCCACUACAAUUCAGUGGUGAAUCCCAACAAGGCCACCAUUGGUGUGGGGCUAGGCCUGCCGUCAUUCAAACCAGGGUUUGCAGAGCAGUCCCUGAUGAAGAAUGCCAUAAAAACAUCAGAGGAGUCAUGGAUUGAACAGCAGAUGCUGGAAGACAAGAAGCGGGCCACAGACUGGGAGGCCACAAACGAGGCCAUUGAGGAGCAGGUGGCUCGGGAAUCCUACCUGCAGUGGCUACGGGAUCAAGAGAAACAGGCCCGCCAGGUCCGCGGCCCCAGCCAGCCCCGGAAAGCCAGCGCCACAUGCAGUUCUGCCACAGCAGCAGCCUCCAGUGGCCUAGAGGAGUGGACCAAUAGGUCCCCGCGGCAGCGGAGUUCAGCCUCUUCACCCGAGCACCCUGAGCUGCACACCGAGUUGGGCAUCAAGCCCCCUUCCCCAGGCACUGUCUUAGCUCUUGCCAAACCUCCUUCACCCUGUGCACCAGGUACAAGCAGCCAGUUCUCGGCAGGGGCUGACCGGGCUACUCCCCCCCUCGUGUCCCUCUACCCUGCUCUGGAGUGCCGGGCCCUCAUUCAGCAGAUGUCCCCCUCUGCGUUUGCAGGUCUGAAUGACUGGGAUGAUGAUGAGAUCCUAGCAUCGGUGCUGGCAGUGUCCCAACAGGAAUACCUAGACAGUAUGAAGAAAAACAAAGUGCACAGAGAUCCACCCCCAGACAAGAGUUGAUGGAGACCCAGAGACUGGAGACCAUCUCCCAACCCCCACCACUCCUGCCCUCCGGUGCCGACCCACCUUCUUUGGCUUUCUUCCCUCUUGCCUUCUUCCCUCUCUCCUUUCGUUUCCCUCUUCCCCACUUCCCUCUGGCUGACCCACCACUGCACCCUCUUUCAUCGCUGCCACCACCACCAUCACCCGUCUCUUCGCCAGCUGACGUGCCCUGUUGCCCCCUGCACAGCACCAUCCCUGCACUCCACAGGGGACUUGGGCAAGGGUGCCGAACAUAGGCGAGAGGCACACAGAGACAAACCAACUGGCAGCCAGGCAGUCCCCGAGGAGAAACAUUCAGACAGAGGAAAGUCUCCCUGCCCCCCUCACUCCCUGCCCUGUUUCUUCCAACUUCAGAAAAACUUGUUACCCCCACCUCCACAAUGAUGCUGGGAAGGUGCGAGGAAGAAGUGGGAAUUCCCCUUCCCAGUACCCCAAGAAUGUCUGAGCCUUCAAUGUUGAAUUUUUUCUUUAUUAAAAUGUACUUUUAUCGUAUAAAAUCAAUCAAUCCAAAAUGAUGUAGACAACAGCAUUGGCUCUGUGAAGGCGGCAUCUCUGGUUUGGGAGCAGGCAGGCCAUGGGCCACAGAGGGAGCACAAAGAUGUGGUUGCUGUCUCUAGCCUCCAGCUCUGUGGAGGUGGGCAGUGUCUAGAGUGCAAGCCGGGGCAGGGUGGGGGGCAGGGGGGCAGGUGUCAUAUGGGCUUUGGACACUGAGACUCUGACCUCGCUGCAUUCCUAUUGCUUCCACACCACCACCACCACUACCACCACCACCACUGGUCUCUUUGGAAUCUUGGGGUGGGAGGCACCUUUGAGGAUCAUGGCAGCCACUGCCUGCCCAGGAUUUGAGUGGGGAGUGGGAGCAGCCUCAACAGAUGAGGCACCUGUGCCCUUCAGGUGUUGACAAGAUCCACCAUCUGUAAUGUCCUUGGCACAAUAAAACCAAAUGUCAGUUUCCCCU